GAAAAAUCGCAUCGAAAACUUUCACUAUUUCAGCUGUGCGCACCUUGUGCGGCAAAUCUGUUCCUUACCACGACCGAGCAGAGAAAUCACUUUCCCCUGAAACGGUCGCAAAACAAAAUUAACACGUACGGCGAAGCAAACGUCAAACGUUCAUUAAAAAGGGGAAGAUCGAAAUUUACGGAGAAGCAAUUUUUAAUUCAGACCAUCGAUGUGUUAACAGUGUGGUGCGAAAUGGAAGUUCUUCUCAAAGUGUUUCUCCUGGGAUGUGCGACUUUUUUUCAUUACGGUGUCGAGGGGUAUGAAGUAAGAGAGGCACCGUUGCUCAAAAGUAGACCAAAAUGGUUGAAAGCCUGCAGAAGAAAUGGCCCUGAUAUCAAUGACUGCAUCAAUGAUUGGUUUGGAAGCUUGUUCCCCUAUUUAGCAGUUGGUAUACCCGAAAUCAAGGUCGAUCCCUUCGAACCUCUUCCAUUGGAUAGAGUCUCUAUAAGCAAAGGUUCUGGAGCUAUAACCUUGGCAGGCAGUUUAUUUAACAUGAAUGUAGAAGGACCAUCAAAUUCAACAACCACAUAUUCAGAUUUCAGCGAAAAAGAAAAAUAUUGGAACUUCGGUUUGAAUCUACCCCUUCUAGACAUCAAAUCAGAAUACAAUCUUAAAGGUAACAUCCUCGUGUUACCUUUGGUAGGUCAUGGUACAUGCGAAAUAAAGUUGUUCGAUACGAAAACCAAAAUAACCACAGAAUUGGCCUUCCCAAGAAGAGAAAAUAGGGAGAUGGUCAACAUCGAAAACAUGACUGUCAAAUUUAAGGUUGGAAAAAUGAGGGUCAAGUUCCACAACCUGUUCAACGGCAACAAGAUUUUAGGAAAAACUGUAAACUCUUUCAUCAACCAAAACGCAGUGGAGAUUAUAGACGAACUAGAAGACAGCAUAGGAGGGAGUUUGGCGAUUAUUUUCCGAGAUUUGAUGAACAAUAUUUUCACCAAAAUUCCCACAGAUUUGUGGCUACUUUCAGACGCCGAAUACGAAAAAUACGUUGAAGAAAGAAAAAAUAUAGAAAAUACGAAUAAGACUGAAUCUGUAUAAGAUUUAAUUGUAGUAUAUUUAUUAGAUUUGUAUUAAUUAGAUAGGAGAUGUUGUUAUUUUGAGAA